AUGGCUUUUACCCGUCCAAGGGGGUGUCGAAUUGGUGGAGUAGGGUCGCCUCUUGCCCCGGUUUUCCAGUCAAAUCUUCCGGGCAUUGGCGACCUCCUGCUCACCCGCCGUCCCCAUAUACCAGUCUUCGUCCGAGUGGUACUGUCGAGUAUACCAGCCAGUCCCCACACCAUAGUCGUUGCAAAUCUUUGUGUUCUGAUGCCUCCGGCCUGCUGGUUCUCGGUGCUCCUCUCGGUUUGGUGGCUGCGGCCGGCCGAGGGGCAGCACCAAGGGGGAGCCUGCUCGGCCCAGCCGUGUGGCAACCUCACAAUCGCCGACCCGUUCUGGGUCAUCAACAUGGACAUGGGAAGAUCAUGUGGUUUCCAGGACUUCCAGGUCACUUGUCUUAACAACAACACUCCAGUGCUACGGAGCUCUGGAAAAUUGGGGUUUGCUAUCCUGGAGAUUUCUUACCAUGACCGCAGUCUGCGCGCGGUCGACCUGCGCAAGCUGGAGCUACUGCAGGCCUCCAAUAGCUGCCAUGGCCCGAGCUGGAACACCUCAGACAAGCUGGGCCUCCCGUUUAAGGUCGACCCCGUUAACCUGGAUCUCAUCCUGUACAACUGCACAGCGGUAGCAGCAGCGUCGGUGGCGGCGGCACGUCGGAGAGGAGAGCUGGUGGAGACGGGGAUGAGGUGCGGGAAGGAGAGCGAGGUGUUUAUCGGCACCGAGGAGACGAGCUUGGACCCUAUCGAGGGCUGUGACCCUUGCCUCGUGCCGGUGAUGGGUGAAAACGGCGAGGCGAACGCGAGGGACUACGAGAAGCUCAUCCGCGACGGCUUCCUCCGAUGCGGCAACCUGACCAUACGGACCCCGUUCGGCGUCGUCUCGCGCGGCGCCGAGGCCGACGAGAACCGGUGCGCGCAAAUGGGGUUCCAGGUGCACUGCACCGGCGACAUCCCAUACCUCGGGUACUACGCGCUCGACUACGGCCUCCAGAUCCUCGACAUCUUCUACUCCAACGCCUCCCUGCUCGUCUCCGACGUGCACAAGCUCGGCGACUUCCUCUUCAACGGCUCCGGCGACGGGCGGCCCUGCCACGUCCCGACGGCCGACACCGCCUCCAAGAUCGGGUUCCCGUUCGCGGUUAGCCCCCUCAACCGGAACCUCGUCUUCUACAACUGCAGUAAGGCGCCGGAGCCGAGGACGAUGAGGCGAGAAGGGCUGGUGGAGACGGUUUGCCGGAACAAUACCUUCGUCCGAGCCGGCGGGCGUUACGGUCAGCCGGGGGAAUACGAUAUCCAGGGGUGCAACGCUACGGCGCUGACGGUGCGCGGGCCGUCGGCCGGCGAGGUGAACCCCCGGGAUUACCGGGAGCUCAUCAGCGACGGGUUCCUCCUCACAUGGCAGCCGCCACCGCCUGCCGCUGAUAGCAGCAGUGGACCAAAAAGUAGGAUUACAAAGAAGCUUAAAAUAGGUAUUGGAGCAGGAGGUGGUGGUAUCGUCAUUGGGUGCUUGGCCGUUCUUUUGUGGUACAACCGCAAGAAGAGAAAGGAGGCUAGAACUUCGUCCGAGCUAAUGCGGAGUGGGUCUUCUAUGCAUUCAUCAUACAGUAAAGACCUGGAGCUGGGUGGUUCUCCUCACAUCUUCACUUUUGAGGAACUUGAAGAGGCUACUGAUGGAUUCUGUGCUUCAAGGGAACUUGGUGAUGGUGGUUUUGGAACUGUUUACAAAGGAAAACUCAAGGAUGGGAGAGUAGUUGCAGUGAAACGCCUUUACAAGAACAACUACAAGCGAGUCGAGCAAUUUCUGAAUGAGGUCGACAUCCUGUCCCGGCUUCUCCACCAGAACCUCGUCAUCCUAUACGGUUGUACGUCUCGUAUGAGCCGUGACCUUCUCUUGGUGUAUGAGUUCAUCCCCAAUGGGACAGUUGCGGACCAUCUUCACGGUUCCCGUGCGGCAGAGCGAGGCCUCACGUGGCCUCUAAGGAUGAACAUCGCCAUAGAAACGGCAGAAGCUCUGUCCUACCUCCAUGCGGUUGAAAUCAUACACCGUGACGUCAAGACGACCAACAUAUUACUGGACAACGCUUUCCAUGUCAAAGUUGCAGACUUCGGGUUAUCGCGUCUGUUCCCUCUGGAGGUCACCCAUGUCUCAACUGUUCCACAGGGCACACCGGGCUACGUCGACCCUGUGUACCACCAGUGCUACAAGCUAACCGAUAAGAGCGACGUCUACAGCUUCGGCGUCGUGUUGGUGGAGCUGAUAUCCUCAAAACCUGCCGUGGACAUGAGCAGGAGCCACAGCGAGAUCAACCUGGCGAACAUGGCUCUCAACAGGAUUCAAAACCAUGAGAUUGUCCAGUUGGUUGAUCCGGAGCUUGGCUACGACACUGACAGCGAGACGAAGAAAUCAAUAGACCGCGUGGCAGAGGUGGCCUUCCAGUGCCUGCAGCUCGAGAGGGAGCUGAGGCCGUCGAUCAAGGAGGUAGUGGAGGUUCUGAACUGCAUCAGGGAUGGGGAUUGUCCGGCGAAAAACAUGAGCCAGAAUGCGUCCCUGAAGGAGGACACUCACUUGCUCAGGGGAAGCCUGCAGUUCUCGCCUGACUCAGUCAUCCAUAGAUUCCAUAGCCAGUCAACUAACCACUCGGUAGCGUCGAAUGGUAGCGGAGUAUAAUGUGCUUUGUGUUUGAUUAUGGAAGAAAAUAAGGCCGCCCUUUCUGAUCGGAUGAGUUGUAUAUAGCAUAUAGAGUUUGCUAAUGAGGUAAUUUAUCUGGGUAAUUCAGUUGUUCUCUCUGUUGGCCAAUAAGUACAACCUCAUGGUUGCAGUAACUCGGCAGUCGUGAGAUUUGCAAUGAUUCAGACGGUAGGUGUAUGUAGCAAAAGCAAACUCCAGGAUAACCAUUGUAAUAUACAUAGUGAUAUAUUUUCAGGUUCACACACAAAUGAGUGAAUUGAGAUGUUAAACUGUUC